CAGUUGCGUACGCAGAGGACGCACACGGAGACGAAGAGGCAACUACAUCUUCAAGAGUAACUACUACGCAAGUUGUACCUCCAGAGAAGAAGAUCGAGCUGGAUUGGGCACAAGUAAAACGAACGAUCCUACAAUACUUCCCACUAGAUGGGAAACCACCUGCGAGCGAUGCGCCAGACAUCAUGUCUUUACAAGGCAGAGCCUUGUAUAAGGACUUCUACAUGUGGUACCAACAGCAACCGCAUUUGUUUGUGAGUUACGGCUAUAGCAUUCGAUGUUGAUGAAGAUGACUCCAUCUCCUUCCGUAGAGAACAAUCUAUGUUUCAGCGGUCUGUCUCCUUCUUGGUUGAAGUGGGUGAACCUGAAAGAUACUGUUGUAAAAACAUGGACUACUUUAUUCCAUCAAUUCUAAUUUCAAUAAAAAAAAUUUCUCCUCUUCUAAUUUCAUGCGGAGGUGUAUUCCGAACCGAUAGCAGUUCUUGCUCUUCAGGCGUUCGUGAUGUUUACAUCCAACGAUUCAGAACGGUGUAUUCAACUCCGAGAGCAUUCUGCCUUAGUAGAC